AUGCGGAGACACGCAGAGCACCGCGCAAGCGGAACUCGAACCAUCAACGUGACUACACGUGACUUCGGGUCCGAGACCGGAACUUCGGGUCCGAGCUCGCCUCUGAGCCGCGUCGCGCACAAGGGAACCGGUGGAAACCAGGCCGGCCUUGCCUUGCGCAGUCUCGAACGUCCUCCGACGUGGGACGAGCUCAUUAAGGACCACGAGGAAUGGCGCUGUAUCUGCAGUGUCGACCAGUAUCUACAGGAGCCGGGCGAACACGAAGGCGAGCUCAGUACGAGGAACCCGGAGGAACGCCCUUACUUCGUGCGCGCGCACGAGUGCUGGUACCCGCACUCUGUCCGCAACAUCGACAUCGUCCGUCGCCUCUUGGAUCGCUGCCACGCCUACUUCCCACCGUUCCACAACCUCGCGGAGGCGAACCCCGUCUGGAUCGAAGGGUGGACAGGCCUGACGGUCUUCCUGGACGCGGGGCUCAAGGACCGCUUGGAGUUCUACGGGCUUCCACGCGAGCUCAGGGAGUGCGGAGAGGUCAACUGCCGCGAGUUGAAGAAGAUAUCGAGCGCCCCUACUCCCGAGGAGAUGCGAAACAAGGAGGAGAGGGAGCUCCUCGCAGCCCGCCUCCUCGACGUGCACGCCACACAGCUCGACGAGAAGGACAUGCGCUCCCGUUUUACGCUAGCGCCCUUCUUCGCACAGGAACGCCUUGCUAGCGGGUGCAGGGAGCCGACUCUCCCGCUAAGCGCGCGCAUCAAGCCCCCUCUCGCUGCUCGUCUCUCCUCGCCGGUGCCACGAACGGCGCCUCCUCAGCAACCUCUCGCCAAGCGCAUUGGUCCGCUCGUCGAGCAAGCUCCUCCCGCGGACGCGAUGGAGUGGGAAGCUGCGGAUGGCUCAGCUUGGUCGGGCUCGGGAGUGUCCGUCGCCGACCCCUCGCGCGACACUGAAGCAACUGCCGCCAAUCCGCCUGCUCAGCGCGGAAGGGGCAGGGAGGCCGCCCGGACCCGUGGGCAUAGAGCCUCCAGUACCUACGCUCCCUUGGGUCCGAGUGCUCGGCGUCGCAGCGCUUCCCCUCCGCGCGCUGGAUCCUCGGCGCGAGGCGCUCCCUCCGUCUCCUCUUCCUCCUCGGCGGCCUUCGCAGCACCGGCGCGUCCGAUUGAGCCCGGGAAGGACGGCCUGAUCGCGCUACCAAACCCGGCGGAUAGGCUCGUCAAAAUCGCCCGCUUCGAUUCUGCAGAAUGGAGGGCGGGUCUCCGUCAGCUCGAGUAUGAGCUUGAGGCCAUACGUGUCAAGACUUCGCCCGAGGCGUGCCUCCCAGAGAUCAGAAGGAAGUUUGAGUCACUCCACUGGUCGCCGACGCUCAUGCGAUACGGCUACGUCAAGGUCAAGAUGCACUGCGACCAAGUACGCCUCUGGGCGUGGGGGGCUGACAAGCGAGUCCAUUACUACAACCACGACGUCUUGUGCCGCCUUCUCGCGACGGGGCGCCCGAUGCGCUUCUGCCUGCCCGAGUCGAUGCUGCCCCGGAUCGCUCCCCCCGAGGCGCGCGGCGUGAAGAACACGGACCACGAGGUCCUGCCGCUCACCAUGACGCGCGAAAUGACCCUCAAGAAGCUGUCGAAGCUGUACAAGAGCGGCCUUGGAUCGCUGGCCAACCGAGCGCAUGCUGGAGCCUUCGCGGGUCUUGGCGGCGCCGCUUCCUUCGUCGUCCGCAGGUUCAUGUGGGACGAAGUCGCCGACCGCAUCGGCGCGGGCCCAAGUCGGGAGACUACCAUCAGCCACGGCGGCAAGCGGGGACAGGUUAGCGAUGGAACGACCGUUUACUAUGACUUCGGCGAUGACUGCGAACGCACCUUCAUCGAGGGCAAAGUUCUCUACCCCGCGGACAACGAGCGAAAUGCAGGUGUCCGACACUAUUUCCCUCCGUAUCAAAUCUACUUCGCGGAGACUCGUGAGACGCACGGCGAGUGGAGUGAGUGGGACGAGGACUACUGUCAGAAUAUCGCCGACGCCAUCGAGAACGGUACUGCCGAACCCAAGACCGAGGCGGAAUGGCGCAAGAUCCUCGGCCGCGAUCGCAUGCGCGCUCUCGAACACAAGCAGAUGGCCCACGUUUUCCUCAACAGGCUGACCGGCAAGGAGGCGCGCGUCUGGGCGAGGCACCUCGCGGAGAUCCACAGGCUUGAAGUGGGGGAAUACCGUCGCAUCAACACCUUGCUCGAUUCGCUCGAGCCUCGCUUCCUGCUCAAGGCGUAG